AUGGACAUGGUGAAGAUACAAAACGAGAGAAACUUACAAGUGACUUUCUCCAAACGACAAUUUGGCCUCUUCAAGAAGGCUAGUGAACUCUGUACACUAAAUGGUGCUGAAGUUGCCUUAGUGGGUUUUUCUCCUGGAAACAAAGUUUACUCAUUUGGCCACCCUUCUGUGGAUUUGGUCAUAGAUAGAUUCGUCACAGAGAAUUCUCAACCCAAUAUUGAUGUUCCUAACCAUCUUAUUGAGGCACAUCGAAAUGCUAAUGUUCGUGAGGUCAAUAUGGAUGAGUUGAUUGAUAAAGAGGGGAUUUUGGAAAUGGAGAGAAGACACGGAAAAGCCUUACAAAGAACCUGGGGGGAUGCUACUCCAGACGAGCGUUGGUGGAAAGCUCCAAUUGAAAAUCUCAACUUUUUUCAACUUCGAGAAGUGGCGGAGGCAAUGGAAAUGAUAAAGAAGCAGUGUGAAAUAGAGGCGGAACACCAGCAAAAGGUGCAAGGUAUUGCAUUUCCAUAUCGUACCCUUGGAAGUGCCUUGGCUCCUUAUGGGGGGGCUACGGAGAGCUCUUCGAAUGCUAGGCCAUCUGAAUUUCGUGGCUAG